GGGGGGGGGGUAAAGACGAGCGCAAGGGACUUGGCGAGGGAAGGGGAGGACUAGGGCUGCUGCUCUUUAGUAACCCCCCCCCCCUCCCUUAACGGGUCCCCCAGUGGGAGCAGAGAGGAAAGCAGAGAGGAAGGAGCGGAGAAGAUGCUCCAGGCGGCAGCACAGGCAACAGCAGCACCGAGUGCCCCUCACAGACAGACGAGCCGCCUGACGCCGUGGCCUCCCCACAGCAAAUGAGCCCGGCAGGACAAGCAGUGAGCGCUGCUUACAAAUGUGACUCCUCCUGUACAGCCACAGCCCACAGCGAGACAUGACUCCCCAGUCUGUCGAAGAUUGUCUGCAGAGUGCUCUGUCCUCCUUGUACCCCCCGUUUGAGGUGACAGCCCCCACACUCCUGUCUCAGGUCUUCUCUGUGCUGGAAAGAACAUAUAGAGAAGAUUCUCUGAGAUAUACACUGGAAUUCCUCAUCCCAGCAAAAAGGAUCUUGCAGAAUGUACAAAAUCAAGCCUGUUCACAAUACAGUGGCUUUCUUUUCUUUCAUGAAGGCUGGCCACUAUGCCUUGGGGAGAAAAUCUUGGUGCAGCUCUCAUCCCUUCCAUGGCAUUUCUUAAAGCCUAGGGAUUUCUACUUGCAAGUGGUGCCAUACUUGGAAUGCUCCCCCCGCCUUGUACUGAAGUGUUUGUCUCAAGAUGGUAGUGGAGUACAAGAAAUCGUGGUCCCAGAAAGCUCCCAUACCUUUCUGUUCUCUGCUGAAUGGCUUAACAGCAUCAAUAAAGACCGCAGUGCAGUAAGGCUGGAGAAUUGUCUUGCUGCAGUGGAGGAGAAAGUGACACGCCUACCAUGGUCUGAAGUGAUUUAUCCACGGUUCAUUCAUAAAGGAGGGUAUAUUGUAGGUAGGAAAUGCCCCCCAGGGCCACUUAUACCUCCCCUGGAGAGUCGGAGCCCUGGAGAUGGAGGUAUUACAUGUGGAGAUCUUGUAGACCCAAGUGUCAAUGCACAUCUCUCAUUGUACCAUGGUCAAGAAGAAGGAGCUGUUUCACCACUGAUGGAUUCUCUUUCCAGGUCUGUCAUUGACUGCACAGAAGGGGAAUAUGUUGAGCUGAGUCCACCUCAAAAAGUAGUGGCUGAAAGAAAAGAAAGUCAAAGAGACACAUGGAUCUUAAGAGCUAAGACAGCUCCUAGCAAGAAAGGGAAGAAAAAGGCAAAUCAGGCUUGGCUUCAUCCAAGGAGACCAGGAAAAGUCGGAUCUUUGAGCACCUUAAAAGGGAAAUCUCAGGAUAUUUGGGAAGAACAAUCUUGUAUAGGAGCUACUCAAGAGCAAGAAUCACAAGUUGAGGAGCAAAGUUACUGGGAAGUUGAUGCAACAAAAUGUGCUAAUGAUGAUUUGCUGGCAGAAUGGAGAAAAGGUGUGGAUCUUUUGCAAAGGCAUGGUGAAAACAGUGUUCAUUCCGAGAGACAGGCUCGGAUUACCUCAGAUGCACAUGUAUGGGUCACUCAGGAUUGUACAUUUGCCUAUGAUACGCAAAAAUGUGGAACAGAGAGAAAUACUUCUGGAAGCUGCAUUCCGGAAGAUGAGAUGUUAUCAAAGAUGCUUGAACAAUCCUCUCUUAAAAGAGAUACCUCUGAGGUAAAAGUGGAUACCCCAUGCAUUGAAAAUCCUGCAAACAUUUUUACAGAUUGCCAAAAAGAGCUCUUAAGAGACAGCUUACAAAAUCCAUCUGAAGAGAACCAAAGUGAAACUUUGCAGCUUACUCAGAGAGACAUGUUGGACAAAUACCAAUCUGAUUGCCAGGUAGACAGCUCCAAGCUAUUUUUAACUGAAAACCAGAAUCAAAUGAGAACACAUGAGGAAACGUCUCUUUCCCAGGGAUUGUCACUACUUAGAAGAGAAAGAACAUGGGCAGAUGGUCAGGAGACCUCAAAGGAGCAGGCAUGUGCAGGAGAAGAGGCACCAUCUGAUGAACUAAUAAUGAUUUUGGAAAAAGAAAAACAUCCUACUUGGGCUAAGAUUAUUGAAACGCCUCAUAAAACAGGGAGGGGAAGAAGGAAGAAAAAGAACAAGAGGGGCAAAGGUCUUCCGAAGGCAGAAGUAAAGAAAGGUGCUCAUAAAACAGGACAAUCAAAAGUUGAUUUGAGGAAGGAGGGAACAGAAUCUGUCUAUAAAUCAGAUGAUAGAGAAGAUAAAAAAGACAGUGAAGAGAGAAUAGACCAAAGAGAUCUGGAAGAAACUGGUCCACAAAUUAUAAAACAAUCAGAUCACCUACUCUCUCUAGAAUUUUGCACAGAACCAAAUAUCUCGCUUUCCCAGAUUCCUUUGCCACAAGAGAACCUCACUGUGGAGUUUAAGUGCCUCUAUAAAGAUAUUAAAUGGGAUGUACUAGAGCUGGGAGUCUUUUGCUUGACUGGGGGACAGGACAAAGAUAAGAGGGCUGUGGUGAUUACAUCUCCAGAGAAAGUAACAUCAGCAUAUACCCAGAAAGACUUUGAACAUGUACUCUUAUAUCAGUACUCUUUGCUCAGGCCGGAGCUGCGAGAUUUGGGCAUGACUCUUAUCCUGGAUUUAAGAGACAGCACAGGAACAUCAGAUAAGCUCCUCCAAAACCUAUGGGAGAGCCAGGACUCUGUUCGUAACUGUAUACACCAUCUCCUUGUUAUCUGUGCAACAGAGAGUACUGAUCCAGUUCCCUGCGACAUACCCAACGCACAGGUGCUGGUGGUUUUACCUGCUGAACUGGCACAGUUUGUCUCACUAACGGAGUUGCCUGAAAAGUUUGGAGGAGAGAGACCUUAUGUGCACAUUGACAGUGUGAAGAUUCAGAGGGUGAGAUCCAAAUUAAUCUGCCUUACAAACCAGUCUUUGGUCAAUCUGUACUCUAUGUGCUCUGAUGUCCUACAAUCUUUGGAGAAUGUGACUCUAAGUCUGAAUGCCGACAGCUCUCAGGAUAUUCAGAGUUUAAUAUUUCAACACCGUGAUGCCAUGAAAAGAGCUCUAACUGACGAAAGACUGCAGCUGCUGCAAAGGGAUGGAGGAACUCUAGUUGCAAGUUUGCAGAAAUCUCCCUAUCUGAGGCUUUGUGAUCCAGUGAUAUUUGACCUGUAUGAGAGAGUGGAUGAGGCACUGCAUCAGUUAGUUCAGCUGUCUAACAAGAGACUACAGGAACUGGAAGCCAGAAUACCACCACAAGAUUACAUGGACCAGUCUCUUGGGCUAAGAUCAGCAGAGGAGAAUGAAUUUCAUGUGGCAGAACCAGAAAGUCGAAGGAUAGAAGUUGGUGUUAGAAUUCGGGGCUUAGAAGUCAGCAGUCGAGAGCUAGCUAACAGAACCUGCAGCCCGCCAAGGGGUCAUGUGCUUAGUAGAGGGGAUGGCAGAGGACCAGAUGCUCCAUGGGGUGGGAUUCCCAGGCCAGAAGGAAGAAGGUCGCAUCAGCGCUUGCUGUUAGAUCUUUUGUGCUCUGAGAGGAGUUAUGUGCAAUCAUUGCGCCGAUCUCAGGAAGUCAGAGGAUCGUGUCCAGCUGGUCUGGCGCUGCGAGGGAGCCUUGAGCAACUCCUGAACUUUCAUACUCAUUUCCUCUGGGAACUGCAGAAUUGUGUAUCCCAGCCCCUCACUGUCUCCUAUUGCUUCUUGCAACAUGCUGAUCAGUUGCGGUUGUAUUCUCUGUAUGUUAAAAACAAACAAAAGGUAGAAUUGUUCCUUCCAUCUCCAAGCGGGAGCUUAAAGGGAAGACACAUGGACCAAAAAGAAGAGGAAGAUUCACGAUUAAUACUGCAGAGACCACUUGAGCAUUUGAACCAGUACCAGAGUUUCUUGGGAGACAUGAUGCAUGAGUGUGGCCAGGAGAAUGAGCAAGAGCACCAGUCCCUGCAUACAGCUCGGGAACUUGUUUGCUCCUUAGUGCCUUAUGGGAAAAACCUAUUGGCCGUUGAAGCAAUCCGUGGCUUUGAGGUGGAUGAGAAAGAACAUGGCCGCCUCCUACUCAAAGAUGUUUUCACCGUAAUAUCAGGGAGAAAAAAAUCUCUACGACAUGUAUUUCUCUUCCAAAAACUUUUGCUUUUAAGCAAGCUCAAGACAGCAGAUGGUGGUUUGGAGAACUAUUGUUACAAGCAAUCUUUUAAGACAGCUGACAUGGGUCUCACAGAAAUUGCUACAGAAGCAGACUUCCGACUAGAACUCUGGUUUCGACGGCAAAAAUCCAGGGAGACAUUAGUAUUACAAGCAGAGGGUAUAGGAGUGAAGGAGAACUGGACUAAUGAGAUAACCAAACUGCUCUGGGACCAGGGAGGCCUAAGCAAAGAGCAAAAAAGCCCAGAUACAUCCACGAUUGGUUCUAGUCACCGCUCUUUUCUUGACAUAAAGGCUGGUUUCAGUGCAAUAAGUGAAAGGACAGUCAGUGCCUUGCUGACAGCCAGAGGUUCUCGUACUCGAUCAUUAGUAGCUCUUUCUUCCUUGGAGCACAGCCCAUCGCCUUCAUCUCGGAGUCUUGUCUUAACCCCAGGGCAAAGCCCAAGGAGACUGCGUUCUGCUGGUGGGAUGUUUCUGUCAGAUAGAAUCAAUGAAGAAGUCGGUGACACUUUCCCAGGUGGACCAGUGUGUCUGAAAUCAGUAUCAUCAAUUACUGAGGGAGAAAAGCCUAAGGGUUUAACAAAUGAAGACUUCUUCCCUUCCACCUCUGUUUAAGGAAAGCAAACGUGAAAGAUCCUUUAAGCCCUGACAAAUAGAAAAGUGCUGUUAUUGUGCUGAUACCAUUAUAUCAGAGUGAUAGCAAACGUACAAGCACAUGUGGGAACCUUCUCAAUGACCUUGUGAGAUAAUGGUGCUAACACAAAGACCAACAAAAAAAUCAAUAGAAUAGUGUUAAAGCAAUUUAGCAUCACUCACAAUCAGGUGACUGAAUUACAAUGAGUAAAAUAAUGUAGAACCAAAUCUGCCAUUCCAUUGCUUUCCCAUCGUUCGCUAAAAGUGAAAGGAGAAGCAAUCGGAAAAUGCAACUGAAACAUUGGGGUUAUCUCUUAUGAAUGAGGCCUUGAAGAGUACUUGAGAACUGAAACAAACAUCUUCUGCCAGUAAGAGAAGAUACCAUUUUACUGUAUGACGUGAUGAGAAAGACUGUAAUCAUUUUCUAUUUUUUACUGCUAUGAGAAUCUCUGUGAGAUCAAGUAAGUGAACUACAAACCAUCUGCAUAUCAGUAUGUCAGUAUUAACAAAUGAGCAAAUGUAUGAAUGCAUGUGCCCAAGCAACUGACACUGAGAAGUACCUACUGAAUCAGUGUUUUGGAGUGGCAGAUCCAUUUAUUAUACAGGCUGGUGUAAUGACACUUAAUCCAGAGCCGGCAAAGAGCCUUACAUUGCUCCUAAUGAUAUUUCUGCACCUGGCAGUAUGUAACAGCACAAGGAGCAGUUGAAACAGCAGCAAGUUAACUAUAUGGAAUGCAGCAACCAUUACAUAUGUGUAAUCUCUUUUAUUAUCUUUUUCACUGAAUAAUUGCAGUUAAUCUUCUUUUUUUUGGCAAUAUAAAUAAUAGGCUGUAAGGGAUCUUACCAGUAGUUAAUAUACAUUGGGUACUUACAUGCAGGUGAUAGCCUUGAAUAUGCAGGAAUGCAAGAUACCGUAUAAGCAAUCUUUAUAUGUUGGUAUGAGCUGCACAUUAGCUGUUCAGUUAGUAAGUAUAUAAGGGACUUUAGUGAAGCAAAAUACAUACCUGUAAUGCAUACAUCUAACCUUUACAGAACAGAAGCAAAUCCCCCAGUUUGGAGGACUAACAGGAUAAUUGGCAGGUGCUAUUUAAGAAUCACAAAGUGCUGUCAAAUGCAACCUUUGCUAUUCCAACUGCGGUGGGGUUGCAAUAUUCCACACAGCCGGGUAACCAAAUGAUGCCUAUCCCUGAUCUAACCAAUGAAACAGCAGUGACACGUGUGAGCUACAAUAAACACACCAUAUAAUAUGACAGAACACAAAUAGUAUCCACUAUUUAGAAACAGAUAUAGAUAUUGCUCAGGCUACUUAAGGGGUGACUUAGUGGUGCUUGCUUAGUUCUAAAGCAAGUCACACAAGGAUGAAUAUUGUCAGCCAUUAAUUCUUGCUCUAGCUGGCAUAACUGAGUGCUUGCGUGUAUGUGCAAAACAAGAUCAUUUGCUGAUUAGAGUCAGUUUAGGAUUGAUUGAAUUUUAAUGAGGUAUUGUAAUAAUCACCAGGAUGAUUACCAAGCACUAUCCUGAUGUUAAAGGGAUCCUGUCAUGAUUGUCAUCGGAAAACAUGUUUUUUUCUAAAUGCAUCAGUUAAUAGUGCUGCUCCAGCAGAAUUCUGCACCGAAAUCCAUUUCUCAAAAGAGC